UGUUUCUAUGUAACAGAUGGUAGCUCUAUAAUUCUAGAGAAUAUUGGAACAAAAUACAAACUUUUUUCAACAGAUAUGAAAUGGGGAAGUGGGUCAGGGAAUCAGUUAGUGACCGCAGUAACUACCAACAAGAAUGAGGAGGAUUUAUUGUGGACAGUUAACGUUUACGAAGAAGGGAAAAGUUUUACAGGAAAUAAAAUAAACUGUGAUGAAAUUGUUACAUUAAAGCAUGUAAAGUCUAAUGGAUAUUUAAUAGGGUCAUCACAUGAUUCCAUUUUAUCGAACAAUUAUGAGUUAAGUGUUCAUCAGGAUAACUCAUCGGGGAAAUUCCAAGUAGUAUGUGAAAAUAAAAAAAAUAAAUCAUAUUGGAAAUUGGGUGAAAAUGUUUUUUUGAAAAAUAUAAACCAUAAUGGUUAUUUGUCUACUAGCAAAAAUUACGAAUUCAAUCAGUAUAAUUGUUAUAACUGCCCCAUUUUGUAUCAUUUGGAGGCUUGCAUUAUGAAAUACAAUAAUCAAAAGGACGAUCAGAAAUGGAGGGCUAAAUCGGGGGUAAUUAUAUCACAUUUUAAUUAUGAUAAAAGUGAGAAAUAUACUAAUGAUGAACUUUGA